AUGAAUACUAUCGAUGAUUUCCAUUUUCUUAAAACGAUCAGUCGUGGUGGUUAUGAACGAGUUUAUUUAGCAACAAAGAAAAAUGAUGAAAAUAAAACAAAAUAUGCAAUUAAACUUAUUAAUAAACGAUAUAUAGUUCUUAAUGAAUGUAAUGCACUAGCAACAAUGAAUAGUCAAUUUGUAGUUCGUUUCUUUUAUUCUUUACAAAGCAAAGAAAAUAUUUAUUUAAUAAUGGAAUAUAUGAUUGAUGAUGAUUUAAUAUCAUUUUUAUGUAUAAAACAUAUACUUGAAAAACAUGAAGCACAAUUUUAUGUUGCUGAAAUAGCUCUUGCACUUGAUUAUUUGCAUCAACGAGAUGUUACAUAUUGCCAAUAUAUAGUAGAUCUGAUUAAAGAUUAUUCCAAGUUUUUAUCAGUCGCCGAUGUUAUUGGUACAUCAUCUGUAUGUAAAGUACGUGCUUUUCGUAUACCUGAUCAAAUUAUAUCAUUAACAUCUGACCUCAGUUUUCGAAAAACUUUAUCCGAAUGUAUUCCUAAAAAUGAACCAUUAUCAUUUGGACAUGAUGAUUUUAAUGAUCAUGAAGAUGCAAAUACAAAUAAUGCAUUCGAUUUCCUUCUUUCUAGUCCAAAUAGACAAUCAUCAACAAAUAUAUCACAAACAAUAAAACAACGACCACAUAUUUAUCAAAAAUCUAUGCCAUAA